CGAUUAGAUAUCGUGAAACGGAUAUCAAGGGUGAUAAGAUCAUCCUAUAUUUGAGUUUGUAGUUUGAGAACCACACGUGUUUUGGUUGAGUUUCGUCCACUUUGUGACAAAGUUAAAAUUAUCAUCAGAAAGUUUUUUCCAGCAUUCAUUCCACUUCCUUCACGUUAUAAGCUGUGUUGAUCUCUUCUCUACCUUUUGCUACGUUGUUGUUUCUUUUUAUUGUGGUUGCAGAAGUAUUGUAACAUGUCUUCUCUAGCAACUGCAGAGAUAUGUGACACAAACAUAUCACCUCUAUCAAGUGGUGAUUUAAGGAUACUUCAUCCAGGGUUCCAGAAGUAUGGUCAGUCUCAAGCAUUCUCAGGUCCAAUAGCUACUGUAAAAGUGUUUGAAGACAAUGUUUUGGUUAGAGAACUUCUUGAAACAAAAGGAGAAGGAAGAGUUUUGGUUAUUGAUGGAGGAGGAAGCAUGAGGUGUGCUUUGGUUGGAGGGAAUUUGACGCAGUUGGCACAAAGCAUGGGUUGGUCUGGAAUUGUAGUGAAUGGUUGUGUUAGAGAUGUGGACGAGAUUAAUUUGUGUCAAGUUGGUGUUAGAGCUUUGGGUUCUCAUCCACUUAGAUCUAAUAAAAGAGGUUUGGGUGAAAAACAUGUUGAUGUUUAUGUUGGAGGAAGUUUUAUUCGUGAUGGAGAAUGGAUUUAUGCAGAUAAUGAUGGUGUCAUUGUGUCUAAAUUUGAGUUGUCAAUCUGAUAAUGAUAGUGUUUUUUUUCGAUUGGAGUACAGCUUUUGGCCAUUGUUGAAGUGUUUACGUUUAAAUAUUUAGUAUCGAUAAUGUUGUUGCUUCAUCAAAUUGAAUAUAAUGGCUUUCUUGGUGAAUUGUUUGGUGGAAAUCAAAUAUCCAUCACCGGAA